UGUCGUAAUCGUUUAGGUUAAAAGAUGACCCGUUACGUUCGAGUUGCGCCAAGUGAGGAAGAAUCUAAAGACUCUUCCGAAAUCACGGAAUUACCUCUAGAAGAUGACGACACUCUUCUACUCACCACCGUUUGCGCUACAUUCGCUAAUGCUAUCGGACUCAAGUAUCGGCACGAAACAGGAUCUCUUCGUGGUCUUCGGCUGGCUAACGAAUGUUUCAGUCCCCCAGAUGAAGGCUGGGACUCUGCAACAUUCUUCUGCGUUUAUGCAAAGGUAGACAUGAAGCGGAAAGGAGCAGCCCUUGAUGAAGAAAUUGCUGGAAAACGCGUGGACACCAAGUGCUGUGACCUGAUCGUCCUCGGACUAGCCUUCUCCGCUACGGAGGAAGAACUCAGCGCUUAUUUCUCUCAGUUCGGCACGUUGGCGCUAUGCUUCAUUAAACGAGACGUGCAGGAAGAUAAAUCCAAGGGCUUCGCAUUCAUCAAGUUCAACGAAUACACUGCUCAGCAAAAGGUACUCUCCCAGCGACAUUUGAUUUGCAAGAAGUGGUGCGACGUGAAAAUCCCGAACAGUCGCCUGGAACGCGAAGGCCUCGAAGCCCCAAAGAUACAGUUUCGAAUCUACGUGGGUCGUUGCACCGAGGCAUUGACUGCAGAUGUGUUGCGCGAAUACUUCUCUCAGUUUGGCGUCAUCACUGAAGUUUAUAUCCCUCGUCCUUUUAAAGCUUGUGCGUUCAUAACCUUUCAAGAGGCUCGUGUAGCAAAGUCCUUAAUAGACGAAGAACAUGUCAUAAAAGGAGUCGUUGUGCACACGUCGACAGCAGAUCAGCUACAUAAAAAGCCAAACAUGUCACCGUCUCCUUAUCAGCCGUGGAAAGCUGGGAGUCAGACCCAGUCUGGAAAUCCGCGGAUGGAAGAAGAUUCUCGGCCAAUAAAUUUUGGCACUCGGGGUCCUCCUCCUCCUGUUUACAAACCGCCUGUGCAAAGUCAGCCUUCGUCGAACUAUGGCAACUAUGGAGGAGAGAACUCGAAUCCAAUUGCCAAUUUGCCUAAUGACAUGUUCAGUGCGAUUGCCAAUGCACUUUACCAAGAAGCCAGAAGCAAAGGUACGUACAAUUUGCUUCUAAAACGAGUGAACCUGUGUUUGAAGUCCUGUUUCGUUGAUACCGCGUUUGAUUGGAUUGAGUCUCUCCUUGCUCCUUCGUACUUCUAUACGGACAACGGGAGAAUCCGGGGUAUGGAGGAGGAAGUCGACAGGGAAGCAGUUCUCAAGGUCAUUGGCGUGGGGGAAGUAAGAAUUAUCCCGCAAGUAAUUUCGAAGAUGGUGGAGACUCUCCUCAAUGACAUCGUCACUUCAUCAGCAACAUUAUAGAGCAAGUAAUGUUUGGGAUGGCAUGUUGCUGUGAGUGAAGUCCUGUUUGCUGUUUGCGUGCUUGGGACUAUGAUGAAUGUUCUCCACAUGGUCGUGUGCUGGAUUUGACGUGUUUUUGAGCUACUUCUUCUGAAGGCGUGACGGAUUAUUAUGCCUGAAAGAGAUGGGAGAGUUCUUUGGUUGAGUUUUCCUCUAUCCGCGAUGUUGGCGCUUCAUAGUAUUCUCUGAUUUUACGCUCCCAAGUGUUCUCUUGGGCCAUCUUUUGUUUCUUUCAUCAGUUUCUUCGUGGACGUUCGUCCUGGUCUUUUUGUACGUCAUAGAUCUGAAGGAAUGUGUCACUUCGAAAUUUAUAUAUUUUCUCCGAUUUUUUUUUUUACAUUGAAGCUACGCUCGGUCCUGGUGUAAAGUCCAAUUUUCCUACGUGCCAAGAAAAUUUUUCAUUCGCCUCUAAAGAUUAUUAUAAAUUAAGAGGCAAAUUUGAGUUGAUAUUUUUCUUGAAUAUGUACUUCUGUGUCAGAUUCCCGCAUUCCCAGUAUCUUAUCUCAUUCUUGCUGGAUUUAUUGGUGCUGUUGUAGUAAGUGGCUAGUGUCUGUAACUUCGUUAAAAUACGGUGAUGGACAUCUAGGACAAAUCUGACUUCGUGAAAUUUAAUUUUCCGAAUUCAUCUACCUCGGGAUACUCGAACUCUCGAUAUGAAAAUAUCGUGAAAUAAAAACAAAAGAAUCGUAAGCAUAUUAUUAAUUUAUGUUGCUAAUGCUUUGAUGACUACAUGGAAUUGACUCCCCUGCUUUUCGUCUGGGUAUUGGAAUUACAUUGCAUCGAUAAUCCUGUAUUUGACUUGAGUCAUCGUCGUUCUACGACUGUGGGGUGGAUUAGAACUCUACUUAUCAAGACAAGGAUCGAUUUUGCGCGAAUUUUGAUCAUUGAGAGCAGAGAAAGCAGCUUGUACAUUUAAUAAUUCCAUCGUGAGCAUCUUUAUAUCUGUGUGAUGAUAUCAUGUUCUCGACAAAUGUUACUCGAAAUCUGAGAAAGUUCGAGGAAUUUUAUGUGAGAUCAUGUUUAUUAAAAAUUGUUGAUUGAUGUCUAAGGUUGUGUCGUCGGUGAGGAUUGUUCAUCCAGCUUUCCAGCUUGAGGCAUUUAAUUCUUUGCUUGGAUAAUGAGAGUUUCAUUCGAUAUAUCAUCAUGAAGUCGGCUUUGUUCUAGACCUCCUUGAAAUUGAAGUAAGUACCAAGGUACAGUACUCAUUCGUACCUUGGUUGCUGGCACGCACUGGAACAGCACCAAGUUUAUCCCAAAUUUAAAAUGUGCUUCUGUAUUCCGAACUGAUUCCUUCUACUAAAUGAUGCAGCGUGGUUUGGAUGGUAUCUUUCUUCCAUGGUGUUGUUGAUCCAUGUGUUGGUUCUGAAACCAGUGGAUGGCUCUUGUAUCUAUCAUGGCGCCGUGAUGCUGGGGAGCGUGAAAAGGAUGAAAACUCUCAUGAUGUGUGUCUUGUUGGAGAUCCGCUUUGUUUGUUGAUGUGUGAUGGCGUGAGGAUGUUGAGGAGAGCUGAAAUACGAUUCGGAUGAAAGUUUUGUGAGAAUCCGUGAGACUACAAGAGUGACGAUGAUGCAGUGGUGUCAUUCUUUUUAUUUUCAAGCAGAGGCUGUGUCGUGGAAAGUGAAUAUUUUUAGUUAGUUGUGAGUCUGUGCAGCAUGGCGAGUUUCAUGGUCAAGGGCGUUUUGGCAAAAGACACGAAGGAGCUUCCUGUGUGGUGUACAUUGUUUUCCAUUGCCAGUCCACUGAAGCACCGGCCAAGAUCAGUUUACGGCGGAGCCAGACUUCCAGCAGGAAUGGAGUGUGGCUUUAUGAACAAACCAGAUGACUGAAGAUGGAGUCCGUUUUCACUUGUUUUUUAUUGAAAAAAUGGAGGCGUGGAUUUCCUGAUCUUCGAAAACCAGGCCCCUUUUCAGGACUGUAGACAAAAGGGACGAUUUGGAGAUUGGGCAAUGCUUCCUCCUGUGAUUACCUUCAAUUAUCCGAAAGACCAUAAUCACGUCAAGAGGAGAGAUUUUCAACAAAAAAUCAAUAUGAAGAUCGCCACCAACUGAGUCUACCACUGCAGGGCUGAUUGGGAGGAAUGCCUGAGGAUCUGGCUCCUACUUUGACGUCUACAUCUCAUUUUAUUUCCGGCGAAGAAACCGCUUUUAUUGAGUCUCUGGAAGACAAGCAGGAAAAACCGAGGCUCACACCGCCAUUUCCUCCCAAUUUUGACGUUUUUGGGUGACUUGCUAUUGUGCGUUACGUGGAGACCGUCGCCUUUGCUUCUGGUGAAUUUUUUUUGUUUGAAAUCGCAUCUACAGUAUCUUCAAAUUAGUGAAAUUUUGCUGGUUAUAGCUAUUGGGAUGCGGGUUUCAGACAUGUGAAC